ACGCGAGCGCCCUUACCCGGAUCCGAUUUCACUCCGGCGUGGCCGCGCGCGGACACUGCCCCGGGCCGGGACCCGCAGGAGGUCUGUGUACAACCGCCCAGCCCGGGCUGGUCCCCGGGAGACAGGGGCUUGGUCCCGGCCGGGUGCGACUCCCCUGGCUCCCUCGGUGCAAACGGGCCGGGAACUGGCUGGGAGCGUCCGACCGGAGCGGAGUCUGCGGGGCCUGCCUCGGUGCGGGGCGCCGGGCUGCAAUGCGGAGCUCGCUGCGUCUCGCUUCGCUUUCCACGCGUGCCCCAGCCCCGCUCCGCGCUCGGCGGCAGGACGCCCCGGGCGGGAGCGGCCGGAGUCACACCGCACGGGCUAGUGGCCAGGCGGUGCCGGGAAAUCAGCUCGCCCUUGGCGAGUCACGCCGAGCCUGCGCCAUUGUGCGGGGCUCGCAGCCUUGCAAUGCAUCCCUGGGAGCGGCGGGAGCACUUCCUGCCAGGGAAGGCGGCUGCCCGCGAUUGCGGCAAUUUCCUGUUUGAUCGGGGGUGGGAACGGGCUGACAGGCCUCCGCCAUGGAGAGGAGCCGGGCCAGACAAACCCCGGCCCCAGGAUCGGGCCGGGGAGCAGAGCUCGGGGUAGUGUCAGAGCUUCUCUCGCCCCACAACAGAAGUUGGUCCAAUAAAAGAUCUCACCUCCCCCACCUUGUGUCUCUCGUCUCCUGGGCCCCACAGGCGACAACACCACUGCAGACACACGUCUGUCCUCUGUACGGCUCCGUAUCCUCCCAGAGCAGCCCCCUUCCCGGGCUCAAAGACAGUCUGGUCACCGUGUGCGGAUGAAUCCAGAAAGCGACCUGCAAAGGGUGCCUUUCCUGGUAGCUGCUGAAAUCAGACCAGAGCCCCUCUGCGCUGGCAGCCAUUAAGAGAGAAAAACCAGGAUCUCUAAAUACUGAUUGAUAAAAAAGACCAGAUCUGGAGUCCUCCUUAUCUGCUGAGUUCCAGCCCAGACAGCCCAUCUACACCCGGUGCAUCCCAGCCCCAGAGGGGAAUGGCUGAGGAGAUCUCCGCUCAGAGCCUGGUAACGUUUGAGGAUGUCAGUGUCUAUUUCUCCCCGGAGGAGUGGGAGAUUUUGGAAGAGUGGCAGCGGGAGCUUUACCGGGACGUCAUGAGGGACAACUAUGAGCUUCUGAUCUCAAUGGCAGGUCAUUCUGUUAUGAAACGUGACCUCCCGCCACGGACCGAGCGAGGGGAGGAGCCACCCCAUCCCAGGGAAUGGAGCGACGCAGAGGAAAAGGUGACUCCGCAAAGCUGCUUCACAGAUGAUGAGAACUUUACUAUAAAAUCAGAACCACCUGACCCCUUACCAGAGAGAUCAGAAGAGAAUCUCUCCAUGUCUCCAGACUGGAGAAACACCUACAAGAUCCAGCGCAAACCACAAAGGCAACAGAUGUACCAUGCAGGAGCCAAGCAUGAGAAGGUAACUAUAAAAUUAGAGCCAAGUGAGUCCCCAUCAGAAAAGUCUGAAGAAGAUCUUUCCACGUCUUCAGACAUCUACAGGAUCCAG